AGUGUGAAAUGUGAAUCGACUUUCGACUUGUGACUGACUACUAACUGCUAUAAUCGAGAUAUCUCGAGACAUUUUCAUAAUCGAAUGAUUUCUUUAGUAUCUCUCAUAAUCGCCCACCUCUAAUUUAAUUCUGAAUUCUCGAGGUAUCAACAAGUGUAACGGUUUUGAAUUAUUAAUUAGUGUAGAACUAUAUAAUUUUUAAUAAUUAAUUUUUAAGACGUUAGAUGAUAAUAGCCACUGCAAAUUAAUAAAAAAAAAUGCCUUUAUUUUCUGGUCGCUGUUAUAGUAAUGCAAAAUUAUUAGGAAAAACCGCAAUAAUAACGGGAUGCAAUACUGGAAUUGGAAAAGAAACUGUUCGCGACUUCUACAAAAGAGGUGCUAAAGUUAUAAUGGCCUGCAGGAAUAUAAAUAAAGCAGAAGAAGCCAAAGAAGAUAUUGUCCAAACUUGUAAAGACUUGCCUGAUAAAGGUGAUAUUGUAAUUGAAAAAUGUGAUUUAUCUUCUCUAAAAUCUGUGAGAGAAUUUUCAAAGAAGAUAUUGGAAUCGGAACCCCAGAUUAAUAUCUUGGUUAACAAUGCUGGUGUUAUGAUGUGCCCUAAAGAAUUGACAGAGGAUGGCUUUGAAUUGCAGUUUGGAACAAAUCACCUGGCUCACUUCCUACUCACUAUGCUCCUUCUGCCAAAAAUUAAAGACAGUACCCCAGCAAGAAUAAUAAUUGUUUCAUCAAGAGCACAUACAAGAUUUAAUAUGAAUCUAGACGACAUAAAUUUCGAUAAAAGAUCGUACAGUCCUUUCGAAGCUUACUCACAGAGUAAACUGGCAAAUGUAUUAUUUGCGAGGGAACUGGCCAAUAGACUCAAAGCCCAUAAUAUACAGGGUGUUAACACAUACAGCCUACAUCCUGGUGUAAUUAAGACGGAGCUGGGACGUCACUUGGACAAAAUUUUAUUUAAAGGAUCAAGAAGACUCAUUGGUAUUCUUACUUAUCCGUUCAUGAAAUCACCCGAGCUGGGAGCGCAAACGACUAUAUAUUGUGCUGUGGAUGAAAAAUGUGCUAAUGAAACUGGUUUAUAUUAUAGCGAUUGUGUUGCCAUAAAUCCCGAUCCCAAAGCACUUAAUGAUGAAACAGCUAUGAAACUAUGGGAAAAGUCAGUGGAAUUGGUCGGCUUGGACUUUGAUCCAUUCACUGUGAAUGCUGCUUCAGUUAAAAUUAAUAUUUAAUUAUCGCACAAAUUCUAUUGUAAAGAAUAAUUCCAUAAAAAUGUAUAACUAAAGUUAACAAUGUAUAUACUUGUUUUUAUAAAACUUAUACACAUUUUGUUAUCUAUUAAAGUUUUUAACCUUGUUUUUCUUAAUUAAUACAUUGUUUAAUUAUACACAUAACAUAUAUAAGUGUAGUUAUAUAAUUUUUUUUGUAACUUUUUUCUGGGUUGGUAAUUAAUGAACAUUUAUAAUGCAAAUAAAUUAUUAAAAACA